GGGGGGGGGGGGGGAAAUGGUCUUCCCAUUCCAGAAGCAAUUUCUCAUUUUUGGGUCAGAAAAGUAGGGACUGGAUCAGACGAAGAGCAGCGGAUUGGAGGAAAGCGGGGGCACACAGCUCAUCCCUUCUCCAGUCAUCUGGCUUAGAAAUCACGACAUCAACUACGAACCGGGGCCGAAACUCCCUUGCGCCAAGCUUAUUCAGCAUCCCGUGUCCGUGGUGAUUGUUGCUUGAAAACGCAAUGCUGAGCUUUUGUUGGUUUGACAAUUGCUUUUCGUUGGGAGUUGUUAGUGGGGAUAAGGACGAGUACAAAAAUGGCACGAGAAUCUCUCAACUUCAAGGGUGUUGGUGUCGUUUAUAGUGAAGACAAUCUUCUUAAGCCAUCAUCAGACUCGCUUGUACGCGAAGCAGAUUGAAUCUUCCCUGAUACACACACAACUAUCUCAUAAUCCAAACGUCAAGAGAGAAAGAGUUAGAAAAUGGCAACCAUCCCAAAAACCCACAAGGCCGUCGCCACACCCGCCAAACGCGCGCCCCUCAUCCUCCUCGACCGCGAGACACAACCCCCCGGACCAGGCCAAAUCCUCAUCCUCAACGAAUGGACGGCCUCCAGCCCCCUCGACCUCCACCGCGCCGACGGCGGCCUCCUCUGCAACCACCCAGAAGUCAUGGGCGGCGGUGCAGCGGGCACAGUGGUAGCCGUAGGCCCCGACCAGGACCCAGAGGACGCCGACAGACUGAAACCGGGGGACAAGAUCUUUACGUUUGCGUUCCACCACUUCAGCGAGCGCGCGCAUCAGGAUUUCGCGACGGUGCCGGCGUAUUUGGUCUCCAAGCUGCCCGCGAACGUCACGCCGCAGGAGGCGGCGACGGUGCCGACGAAUCUGAUUACCGUGUUUCACGCCGUGACGGCGGAUCUGGGAGUAGAGCUGCCGUGGCCGCGGCCAGCUGAGGGGGAGGGAUGGGCCCCGCGCGCGAGGGACGACGCCGUGCUCGUCUGGGGCGCGGCGAGUAGCGUCGGCGUGUAUGCUGUGCAGGUGCUGCGGCACUGGGGGUACCGUAACGUCCUGGCCGUGGCGAGCGAGAAGCACCACGCGCAGCUGAAGGAGAUGGGCGCGCGGGCGACGUUUAGUUACCGGGACGCCGACGUCGUGGAGAAGAUUCUGGGGGCUGUUGGGGAGGGGGUGGUGCCGUUUGUGUUGGAUUGCAUCGGGUCCGUCGAGGGCACGUUGAGGCCGUUGACGAAGAUUGCGGGUAAGGGGACGAAAGUCGCCGUCAUGUUGCCUGUUAUUGUGAGGGAUGCGACGGAGGAGGUUGAGCCUGUGUAUGAGAUGGAGGUGGGGGAUGUGUUGGUUGGGGAGUGGGCUGAUGGUGUUGAGCUUCGGGGAGUGAGGACGCAUUUUUACCUGGCGAAUGAGUUCUUCAAGGAAAAGAUGCAGAGAGAGAUUGUGCCGACGCUCUUGGAGCAGGGUAUCAUCAAGCCCAACAAGCAGAAGAUUGUCGAGGGCGCCACCAUGCUGGAAAGAGCGCAAGAAGCUAUUGAGUUGCUGAGGAAGAGGGAUCCUAGCGGUGAGCGUCUGGUCUGGAGGGUUUCGGAUCUGGAUCUGAAGCUGUGAGGUGGUUACGUUAGUUGAUAUCCUACAGGUACGAACGUCACCUAGUUGGCCAAUGCCGGGGAGAGAAGAAGAAUGUCGAUAGUAGAAAGAAUAGAGGUCUUUAA